AUGGCAAGAUCCGCAAACACAGUCGAUUACGAGCCUCUACCCGCAGACGGCUCUCAAAUCCGCCUCGUCACCAUCCACCCGGGCGGAAAACGCAAGAAAAUCAAGUGCACAGUCUCCAACUUCCCAUUUCCCAGCGACGAAACUCACGGCCCCGAGUACGAAGCGCUCUCCUACGUAUGGGGCGACGCCAGGACCAGGACCCCCAUCACGCUCAACAGCCGCCCGUUCCGCGUAACGACCAAUCUGGAAUCCGCGCUCCGCGCCCUGCGUCUCCGAGACAAGGAACGGCUCGUGUGGAUAGACGCGCUAUGCAUCAACCAAACCAGCACCGCGGAGCGCAGCCAGGAGGUGCGGCGCAUGAGCGCGAUCUACAGCCGCGCCGAAACCGUCAUCGUGUGGCUGGGCCGCGUGAAAGAGCUCAGCGACGCCGACCAGGUCGACGACGACCGCGUCGAGGCCAAGCUGCGCGGGUUACUAGACGCCCUGGCCGAUCUAAGGCCCCAAGAUACCGAGGCCGAGGCCGCGGCCGCGGUUCUAGACCGGACGGGCGAUCCGAUCUACGCGCUGCGGCUGCUGCGCACGUUCUUCUACCGUCCGUGGUUCAACCGCAUCUGGGUCCUGCAGGAGAUCACGCUCGCGAAGACGGGUACGGUUGUCUACGGCGAUAUGCGGAUAGGUUGGGAUCGGCUUGUGCAAGCCGCGGAUGCGCUGCGCAGGCUCCAGCUUGGCCGAUACACGCACCUCUGGCGGCUGAGCGGUGCGGCUAGGCUGGAUAGCGUACUCAGGUGCCGGGUUCGAAUUCGCGGCUCCGACGCGCGAGGCGAACACCCGUCGCGAGCUCACGUAGAGCUGAAUGAGUUGCUCUGGCAGACUCGAUUCCACGAGUGGACGGAGCCUAGGGACAGGCUGUUCGGCAUUCUGGGACUGGUGAAGGGCGACGACGUGCGGCGCGAGAAGCUACUUGAAGUCGACUACAUGAAACCGAUAGCUGAAGUGUUUAGGGAUCUAAGCAUCUUCUUGAUUCGGAGCGGCAUGCUCUCCCAGGUUCUCUGCUCCGUGGCGAAACCGAUGGAUGGCCUGCCGUCCUGGGCGUCGAGUUGGGUUGCCGAGUUGCAAGGCGAAGCCGCUUCAAGGCUGUCUAUGGGUCUUAUGAUGUAUAUGCAAGUCCAUGAGUUUAAGGGCAUCAUCCCAUCACCAAAUCCGCCUCUAUUCUCGGACGACCUUCGCCAAAUCACCAUUAGAGGUACUAUCAUUGACCGAGGCAUUGGACAUAUAGGAAAACGGUUUGAGACAUCUUUUGUCGAGUCAAUUGACGCAAGGGCUAAGACUAUUCGUGCGCGUCUCAUUGAAUGGGAAGACGAGAUGGAACGCCAGCAUUGCGCGCACAAGUUAUUUGAAACACAAGCUAAGAGGCGCGCCGCCUGGAAACUCUCACUCCUUCACGAGUUGCCAGGUGAAAAGACAGAGCUAAGCCAACACUAUGAUCUGGUGACGGAUCGCGAAAAUGAACUACCAUUAGCAAGAGAUCCUGCUUUUCUCAUGAGCGUGGUAGCCAGUUUAGAUUCAACUUUAGGGCUCAAUUGCGACUAUCGAAGGCCUUUUGUCACGGUGUCAGGUCUGAUGGGGAGUACAGGUACAAACUGCGACUUGCGCUUUGGGGAUCAAGUAGCUGUAUUAAUAGGGUCAGGUGUGCCAUACCUGCUGAGACCCAUCGAUCAAACCGAAGGCCUCUAUCGGUUCGUAGGAUGCUGUUGGUUGCCUGGGCUUAUAAAUCUCGAUGUGGUCAAGGGAGAAAAGAACGGAUUAUGGAAAGUUCAGGAGAUCACUCUUGUUUGA